AUGGCGGUUCGUAGGCUCGACGUGCGGCGCGCACGUUCUCUCCUAAACACCUGCACCGACGAGGCGCUAAAUCUGAUCCUCGAAAGCGGGCCGCUCGACGGCGAGUCGCUGGAAGCCGACGCACGUCACCUCUUUGACAUCAUUUCGCUCCUUCUCGCACGAAGCGACCCCGCGGCGUGUCCAAAGUUGACGCGAUGUGCUGCAGUGCUCGCCGGCGUGGAGCGUGCGUGGAUUCUCUACCUGGAGCGACGCGAAGCUGACCUGGAUGUCGUACAGCCGCAAGCACUUCGCGGCGUCAGCUUGGGUGCGGAGCCGUCGCUCGCCGCUGCCACAUGCGACCAUCUAACCAAAGACGUGGAGCUGCUGCACCAGCUGUCGAGCGACAGUGCGCUCACGAUGUCGCUCGCUGAUGGUCUACUCGAUGCCUACAUGCCUCGGCUCGUGAGAGAGGCCAAAGGCAACGCGGCCUCCAUUUCCGCCAAAAUUGGCUCCACCGGUGGAGACCCGCUGCGAGCCUGUAGCAGGAGCAGCACCGUCGACUGGCCGUUGCCGUGGCUAGUCGCAAACGGGAUUGCAAGCGCGGUCGACUCCGUGGCUGAUCGCAUCCGAACAAUGCCGAUCCUACCAUCUCGCAUGAAGGCGCGCUCCCUCUGGGAAGGCCUCGCAGCGGCCGAGCUGCUCGCCCCACACCUCUCGGCCUUGCAAACGGCGCUGCAGUCGCACGUGGGCCGGCUGGUGUCGCGAGCGCUGUCGGUCGAAGAGCGGCGGGACGUUGCAUGUCUCAAGCAGACUCUGCCAGCAAUGACGGCGACAGGCCGAGAGCCCAUCUUGGGCUCGUGCGCAACGGUGCUCGCCUCUCUGCGGCUGCACGCUACCGACGCUCUCUUCACGCAUCUGCCGGCACUCAAUCAAACGUUGGCAGAUUCGCUCUACGACGCGGUGGCUGCCCUUUCGGCGCACCUCAUCGCCGUCUCAUCAGAUGUCAUCUCGUCAAACCCGGACCGACGCACCGCAACGCUCCCGACGCGCGUGCUGUGCGCCCUGCUCGCCUCGGCGCGGGGCAUCUCGUGUUUCCUCGACAGCCUCGCCGACUCCCGCCCACAGAUUGCGGCAGUGUCCUCGUUCCAGGCGUCGCGGAGCGAGAUUGCUCGCACAGCAGAGGCGCUGCGCGGCGAGUUGUGCCAGACGCACGCGGGCUUGUGCGUGAUGGGCGCACUCGCGGAAGGGCCGCAGGCACGCGAGGGAGUUUCCGCCAAUCUCCUCCACAUGGCUCUCCUCGUCAGUGGGGCUCGAGCCGAGCUCCGCCAACACGCACCCGGCGAGUGGCGGUCCAUCCUCCUCUGUGUGUUGGGGCGAGCGUUGCUCUCCGUUAUCGGAGCCCGGUGGGUGCACGGGCGGCGCGUGCGGCCGCUCGAUCCGCAACGACAAAAGGCGGACCUCGUCUUUCUUCUCUGCGUGAUCUCGGUCCACUGCCCCGCGGCGAUCGAGCGCUUCGCGUCGCACGGCGACAGCCCUGACGCUGGUGCCGAUGCUGCCGAAAGAGACGGACUCACGGGCGUCGGCCUGUGCCUGCUCUCGUUGCUGGCCCUCUGCGCGCCGGCAGGGCUGGUGGAGCAAGCCCGCGGCUGGCAAGCAGCGGCGGCGGCAGAGGUCGUGGCGGCAGGCUCGCACGAGGGUUGGCCCCUGCUCGCGCGGCGGGCGCUGCAAGACUGCCCCACCUCGCUCGCCGGUGCCGUGAGCAGCUUGACGGCGGUGGGAAGAGCCGAUGCGAGCGCUGGCAGAAGCAGCCCGUCAAAUCCGGAGGUUGACUUUGCGGCGCACGCGUGCCUCGCGGAACACGCGGUGAGGAUAUGGGAUGGGUGGAUAGGGAUGGGUGUCACUGGCCUCAGUUCGGGCAUAAAAUUCUUUUUCUUUGGGAAGGGGGUCGGCGAGAUCCUCUGGGGGGCGGCGAACGUGCUGCAGAACAAGCUGACGCGGGCCCAGUACCUCGAUGAGGUUGUGAAUGAGCUUGCCAGCGGCGAGGGCGGUCGAGUGCACGGAGCUAAGUGCCUCGCCGUCCUCGCGGGAGUCGCUUAG